AUCACGUGAUCAUAUUUUGUUGCAUCAUAAUCAUUGAAAAUGAGUGUUUUUGAAAUUUGAUUGUGUCAAAUUUUCUUGCUCAUUUCAAAUAAUUUUUGUGAUUAAUUCCUGACAUAAAAAUGGAUGACCGUAAUGAUUUAAUUGUGACAAGAACUAAAGUUCAGCAUUCAGAAGAUGAAAGUAAUAGACAUCUUUUCGAAAAUUUAGAAAUGAGACGUCUUGGUUUGCCUACAGAAUUUUUCAGUGCGAAAUCCAAAAGAUUUCAUAAGAAAAAAAAGAAACGAAAUCAAAAUUUAAUCAUCGAUCGAAUAUUGAAUAAUUUGAAUGAAUUUCAAAUUAGUUCUUUGGAUGAUUCAGAUGAUAAAAAUAUUUCUAAUGAUAAAGUUGAAGACAAAUUUAAAAUACAGCAUCACCUUAUCGAAUCAAAUGUCAAUGUUGAAAUGUCUGAGAUCUUUGAAACAAAUAAUUCCAAUUUUGAUUCUGAUGAAAAUUCUCAAGACUAUGAUAAUGAUGAAGAGAAUGAAUUGCUGGGAAAUUUACAAGAAGAUUUGGAUGUUUCAAUGGAAGAAAAUGAAGAUGAUAUUGUCGAAGUUCCAACCUUUGUUAUGACAAAUAACAGCUACGAUUAUCAAGAUGUGCUGGCAAACAAUUCUAUUAACGAUGAACAAAAAAAUGGUGAUAAUAUGAUAAACUUGGAUUUUGUUACUCCUAAAAAAGGUGCUGAUUCAAGAAAGGAAACAAGAUCAAAAAAAAGAAAGAAAAAAAUCCGUUUUAAUGUUUAUUGGCGACAACGUUUCAUACUAUUUUCUCGUUUCAAUCAAGGGAUCAAAUUAGACGAUGAAUCCUGGUAUUCUGUUACUCCAGAAGCCAUUGCAAAACAUAUUGCUGAACGUUUGCAAAACACAUUGGCUAAACGUUAUCCAAAUCGUUGUAAAGCUGGUUUUAUAAUCAUGGAUCCGUUUUGCGGUGCCGGUGGUAAUGUCAUACAAUUCGCUUUACAAUCUUUGAUACAAAAAGUAUAUGCGAUUGAUAUUGAUCCUGAAAAGAUUGCAAUGGCCAAACACAAUGCCCGUAUCUAUGAAUGUGAUGAUAAAAUUGAAUUUAUUUGUGGUGAUUUUUUCGAAUUGACCAAACAUAAUCGUUUUCGAGAUUUGAUCGAUGCUUGUUUCUAUAGUCCACCAUGGGGUGGACCAAAUUAUAUUGACCUUAAAAAAUUUUCAUUGAAUCACAUGAUACCAAAUGGAUUCGACAUUUGUCGUCAUACAUCUAAAUAUCUAACACCAAACAUCAUUAUGUUGUUACCAAGAAAUUUUGAUGAAACCGAACUUCAAAAAGUUUCUGAUUUAGUUUACAAUAUUGAUUCUAAUAAACCAGCACAACAAGCCCGAAUGGUCGAAUUGGAACGGAAUAUGAUCUUCAAUAAAGUCAAAACAAUUACUGCUUAUUUUGGUGACACAAUUGAUGGAUUCAAUGAAGUUCCUACCAAAGUUUUGUUCGAAACAGAAUAAAUUUAUUUUAAAUUUUCUCAUUCAUAUCACAGCUAUUUUGAACAAUUCGAUGUAUCCAUUGUUUUGUAUCUAAAAUAAAGUAAUUUUUUGUUCGCCAUUCUGA